UACCCGCAGAAGACAAGCAUGAGGCAAAAAAAGUCGCUCGAUAUUUGAGCAAAUACUUUGAAGUCGAAGGGGUCUUGUAUAAGAAGUCGAUGGUCGGGCGUCACCUGCGAUGUGUUUUCGAGGAUGAAGGAAUGCAAGUCUUGAGGGAGAUCCACGAAGGGUGUUGUGGAGCACACAUAGGGUAUCGAGCUCUAGCUGGAAAAGCUUUACGAGCAGGCUACUAUUGUCCUAAAAUUCGAACAAUGACGGAGCAGUUGGUACAGAAAUGCGAAAAGUGCCAAAGCCAUGGGCAAAUCACCCACAUCCCAGCUGAAUAUAUAACGACAAUCAAUACUCCAAUCCCUUUCGCUCAAUGGGGAAUCGACUUAGUAGGCCCACUGCCAAUGGGAACGGGGCAGAGAAAAUUUCUUGUAGUUGCAGUUGACUACUUUAGCAAGUGGGUCGAAGCAGAACCCUUGGCAAAGAUCACCGAAGAAAAGAUGAUACAGUUUCUGUUCAAUAAUGUUUGCUGUCGAUUUGGAAUCCCAAAAGUAUUGAUCUCAGACAACGGAACCCAAUUCCAAGGGAAGCAAAUUCAAACAUGGUGUCUCGACAUAGGGAUCAAACAGAGAUUUGCCUCGGUCGCACACCCCCAGACAAAUGGCCAAGCCGAGGUGACUAUAUUAGGUAUCAAAAAAAAUCCAUUCUGGCUUCAAAAGGAAGAAGAGAUUAGAGAAAGCGUCGGGCGCCUGGGUCGACGAGUUAACAACAGUCUUGUGGGCUUACAGGACGACUCCAAGGAGCUCGACGGGUCAAUCUCUAUUUCAUAUGGUCUAUGGAAUGGAUGCACUUUUGCCAAUUCAAGUCGGCUUGAACUCCCACGUGUCGACAUUUUACGAGGAAAAGAAAAUGAGGAGAUGAGCGAAGAAGCCCUUGACCUAAUCAAAGAAGGGCGAGAAGAAGCUUGGGUGCGAUUAUACUACCUUAAGAAAUACUGGCAGCUCAAGAGACCGUUCGACUUCAAUGUUGCCCGUAUCACUGCUAAGAAUUGGUUUAUGAGUCUCCAAGAACCUGGUUUCUUUCUUGAUGACAGU